AUGGCCCGUUUAGUCCUUCCAAAAACAUUCUUGGGCUUACCGCUUUACAUCGGGGUGGAGACCGUUCUUGGGUUUGCUGCCCUUAACAAAGCCUCCGGUUUCUACGGUAUCAUCUCCAUCUUUACCGGACACCCAAUUGGUUUCUUGCAGGCUAUAUUCAACAUCUGCUCCAUCCUCAUGUUUCCUAUUUACAUAAUGGGCUUGAAGGCCAUUACCCGGUUGCAUCCGGAGUCUCGUGUCAAUGUCACCGGUCGUCUGGCUCUCGUGACCUUGACCUACCUCUUUGAUUCCGCCCUCAGUGUCUUGUUUACAUUGUACUUUGCCCAUUUUUGGUUUGCAAACGAAGACACACAGGCGACUCACCCUGUUACUGACUCUACGACGGACACCUCUCAGUCCGCAACCCCAGCGUACGAAUUGUUCUUGACUGUUUCCACCACAGUCAUCUUAAAUGCGGCCAGAUUCUACUUCAGUUUGGUAAUGUUGUCCUACACCAAGGGCCUCACCAAGGUUGCCCGUUCCCAGGGCCGGCGCAAGGAGAGAAAGCUCAGCGGGAAAUUCCCACCGGCCGAUGAAGCUAAGUGGUAUGCUGAGAGAUUUUACCAGAUGGAAGACAAGUCCUUGGAUGUUAUCCAGAAUGUGUUCAAGUACGUUUAA